AGUUUAGUCGGUUUACUAUUUUAAGAUUUUAAUUGAGUUGACAAUUAAAUCGUUUUGUUAUUGUUUAAGGAGCGGGAAAGGGUCAAUCAAGAAAAGAAGGUCAGUUGAUGAGAGGAAAACAAAUUAACUUGAAGAUGAAAUUGUUUACUGGUCAAGGGAAGAUUAAGAAUGGACUUGAUCUGAAUCAUCUUCUUUUUAGACAAAAACAUGAAUAAAUUAAGAUGAACAUGAGAUCAUUAAACCUGAUUACCAGCUCAUCCAUAGGUCAUUUAACUGGACCUUCUCACCCUCGUAAUCCUUUAAAUUGUGAUUCGUUAAUUUUCAACAAUCAAGUGGAGCAAAAACUAUGUUGUCACACUAACAAUCUAAUUUCUCAUUCGGUUGAUUCAGUUAAUGGUCAUCAUCAAGAUGAAAUAGAUUAACUCUCACUUAAUCUUGUUCUACAAUAAUUAGUAACCAGAGUAGUUUUAAUUGUUACUUUAAUCAUAAAAAAAGGAUGACCGUUAGUUAACUAGUCCAUUCUUAGAAUCAAGAUGAUUUUCACUCCCUUUUACCUUCUCUCUCUCUCUCUCUCUCUCUUUCUUCAUUCUUACAUGAAUCAUAAUCAUUUUUAAUUCUAACGAUUAAGGUACAACAAUAAAUUCACCGUUAAUCUAAAUCAUCUUUCCAAUAAUCAUUUGAACAUUUGUGGUCACUUCCUAAUCUUUGAUUUCCGUUCAAUCUGAUUGUUAAUCAAAGUGAAUUUGAGUGUCUGUGGUUUAUUAUUGUGUCCAAGUGCCCACUGGUCAAUUGAGAUAAUGAAGUUAAUUACAUUUUUCGCAAUUAAUAUUAUCAACAUACUAACAUUUUCCAUCGUUAGUAUUGACUGUCAACUAUUAACUUCGGUUCUCGCUCUUGCCUCCUUGGCUCGUUUUCUCAGGCCCAGGUCAUCGUUUCCACCUUCGUCCUUUUACCCCGGAGGGUCUGGACUUCAAUCUUCACCUUAUGACCAAAUGCAGUUCAGUUCUUCAGCCUCUCACAUGAAUCCAGUCAUGGUCGCACCUCCAAACCCUUUCUCGCCAAUGUCCACUCAACCUAAUCAACCAUUUGGAUUUCCAAUGUCAUCACCUUCACCUUUAAUGCCCAAAGGUUUAUUCAACUCACCAGUCUCUGAUUGGACUCGAUUGUUACAACCAAGUGAAUCCCAAGGAAUACCAAGUAUUUAUGGUCAACAAUACCCUCCUCUUGGGGGAGGAUUCCCUGGGUCAUUCCCUGGUCUAUCAUCACCAUUUUCCGGUUUAACCUCUGGCUUGACCUCCGGCCUCUCACCAAGUCUAUCGUCCAGUUUAUCUCCUGGUCUAUCUUCCGGUCUUCCAUCAAGUUUAUCUUCAAGUUUAUCCUCUGGUUAUCCAUCAUUCUCAUCAUCACUCUUCGAACCUAAAUUACCUUUCGGUUUAUCUUCCAUGUAUCCAUUUGACGAUUAUACUGGACAAAGGAAGAGAAAUUUUCGAUUAACACCUUUCUAGACAAUCGUAAUUAACCAAACCAACAACAAUCAACUAAUUAUUAGCAAUUUAAUCAAAUUCGGAUUAACCGUUAAUCUAUUUUGAUGCUCAAAAAUCCUAAACCCUUUUCUAGCCAAAGGUUAAAUUAAUUAUCACUUUUUAAUUACAAUUUUAUCCCCUUUCCCUUAUCAUCCUCACCAUCAUUAUCAUUAUCAUCUUCAUCUUCAUUAUCAUCGCCCUCAUUAAUUAACAAUUAACUAUUAAUGGAGAAAAACAAAAUUAAACCAGUUGACAAUUACGCCCAUCGUAGCGAAACCAUUUCUCAGAACAAUUAAUUUUACUACUUUUAAUCAACAGAAAACUGUUGAAAAUAAUAUAACAUUAACUACUUGAAAUUGUAUCUCUUUUAAUUUGAUUGUUUGAUUUGAUUUGAUUUUCCUUUAAAACGGUAAAUCAU